CCCGGAGGGUCAGAGGUCAGUGGGUGGAGACAAACCGGCUGGUGGUGGAGGUGAUCGCGGGUCCUGGGUCGUCUAUCUAUGGCGCCACCGCAGCGAUGUCCUCUGUGUCGCCAAACUUUCUUCUGUGGUCGCGGACACGUCUACAGCCGCAAGCACCAGCGGCAGCUGAAGGAGGCUCUGGAGCGGCUUUUACCGCAGGUAGAAGCCGCUCGCAAGGCCGUUCGUGCCGCCCAGGUAGAACGCUAUGUCCCCGAGCACGAUCGGUGCUGCUGGUGUCCGUGCUGUGGCUGCGAAGUACGAAAACACCUGAGCCACGGAAACCUGACAGUGCUGCACGGAGGUCUGCUGGAACAUCUGGCCAGGUGACAGCUGAGGAACACCCACCUCCCCGCCCAGAGCAUAAGAAAGCCACCAAUAAAUUCUGGUGGGAGAACAAGGCCAAUGCCCAAAUGAAAGAGAAGUUUCUGAUCUCCCCCCAGGAUUAUGCGCGGUUUAAGAAAUCUAUGGUGAAGAGCCUGGAUUCCUAUGAGGAAAAAGAGGAUGAGGUGAUUAAAGAGAUGGCAGCUCAGAUCCGUGAGAUAGAACAGAGUCGGCAGGAAGUGGUCAGAUCUGUCUUAGAGCCUCAGGCAGAGCCAGAUCCAGAUGAGGGCUCUUCGGCACUGGGAAGCUGGGAAGCAGCUAACGGGACCUCAUCUGCCAGCCUGGCUCCCCUGUCUUUCAGCCAUGUGGCCUCCAGCUCACAGCAGGUAUCACACUUGGACCCACAACGUGUUCCAGAGCUUGACUGGAUGGAGACAGGACAGCAUUUAACAUUCAUUGGCCAUCAGGAUACACCUGGAGUUGGUAAUAUCCAUUCAGGUGCCACACCUCCAUGGAUGAUCCAAGAGGAAGAACAUAGCUCUGGAAACCUACCAAUAGGACCUUCCUAUGAAGAAUUUCUUAAAGAAAAAGAAAAACAAAAACUGAAGAAACUGCCCCCAGAACGAGUUGGGGCCAACUUUGACCACAGUUCCAACACUAGUGCAGGCUGGCUGCCUUCUUUUGGCAGAGUAUGGAAUAAUGGUCGCCGCUGGCAAUCCAGGCAUCAAUUCAAAACUGAAGCUGCAACAAGAAGCAAGCAGUCACAUAAAGGAAAAAGCUGAAAGUUCCCAGCCUGAUAUUAUCUCAUGGCCAACAAACCCAUUCCAACUGUUAUCCCUAAAACCAAAUCCUCUCCAGUUGCC